AUGCAGCCGAAAACCCGGCCCAUUCAGCGCUUCGCCGAGGCCGUCUCGAAAUGCUCUGCCGAGGCGGCCGUCUACGGGAAAUGCGUUGUUGCCGACUACAAUGCAGUGCACAAAGACAAGUGUGCCAAGGAGUUCAUGAGACUCAAGGAUUGCUACUUGGCAGCGGCAAAGGGAUCCAAAUAA